CAGCUCACUGCAACGCUGGAUCGUUAACCCACUGAGCAAGCCUCCAGCUCAGCUCCGUGAUCUAAGCCCAUUGUCUUUCCUGCAUCAACUUUGGGACAUCAUUUCUCAUGGCAGCUUUUCAGACCACUGCAUGGAGGUUGAUUUCUGGUGUCUUAGGAGUAAUAUGCCUUUUGUUGAUGGCCGCUUUGGGAAUUUUGUUGAAAAAUUCAUUUAAUAAACAAAAUGUUCAACCAACUCUCUCUCCAGGACCCUCCACAGAUCCCCUGGAAGGAUCUGACUGCUGUUCUUGCCAAGAGAAGUGGAUUGGGUACCAAUGUAACUGUUAUUUCAUUUCUAAUGAAUCAAAAACAUGGAAAGACAGUAGGAAUUUUUGUAUUUCUCAUAAUUCCAGUCUACUUCAGGUGCAAAACAGAAAUGAACUGGAUUUUAUGAACUCCAGUGCACAUUUUUACUGGAUUGGACUCUCUUUCAGUGAAGAGCAUAAUGCCUGGCUUUGGGAGGAUAAUUCUACUCUAUCCCAAGAUCUAUUCCCUAACUUAAAUACAGAGAACUGCGUAAUCUAUAGCCCAAGCAGAAAUAGUUUAGAUGAAGACUGUGGAAGUCGACAUCUUUUUAUCUGCAAGCAACACCUUAGUUAAGAGGUUCUUGGGCAGAAGAAGUGGGAAUGAAAAUCUAGUAUUACUUAGAAUGGUAACAUACUAUUACUAUCUACCUCUGGAAUCUGUAAAUGUUUUAAAUUGUGUUUUGUACAAUUUUGAUAUACUUGAUAACUUGUGUUUAAAAUUUUUUUGUGACGUUGUGAUUGACAUAACAUUAUACUCGGUUCAGAUGUACAGUGUAACAAUAACUAGACGUAAGUCUAGUUGAUAACCAUCACUAUACAUAGUUAUCAUUUUUUAUUUUGCCGUGUGUUUUAAAAUUGAUGAAACUUCUGUACUUACACCUGAAAUUAUAGUCAAGAUAAAUAAUUUAUAAAUGUUUUAUAUAUAUGCUAAAUAUUGAAUUUAGUAGUUUUAUGCAUACAGUCUUGUAAAGUUUCUGAAGAAAUUUAAAUAUAAUUUAAUUCAUGCCUAAUAAUAUAUAGCAACAUUAUUUCAGUCCUUCAUAUGGCAUAAUGAAUUGAGAAGUUUCAUCCUCUUUUUUUCUAGAGGUGAAAAUAAUUUUAAUGUUCUUUGUUAAUUCUUUCUGGCUAUCUAUACAUCUAUAUGUCCUAAUUGAGAGCUGAAACUGCAAAAUAACAGUUUCCCCACAUGCAUCUCCCAUCUUCAGAUGGUAGCACAUGUGUGCAACUUUUCUUCGUGCUACCGAGUUCUGCAGAAUAUUGGAGGUAUUUGGCCAAAUAUAUGAUUCUCACAUGAUUGUUGUCAGAUUUUGCAAGGGUAAGGAGAAUCUAAGCUUUGAUCACAUAAAGUUACCAUACCUAUUUCUUUACUUCACAGAUCUUUCUUAAAAGUCACUCUAUGCAUAUAAAUGUGCAUUGAAGAUUUUAAUCUCUAAUCAAUCCCCAAAACCUUUUCCUGUAAGUUAUGUGUCAAAUACUGAACAAUUAUCCUUUCCGGGGCACAGGGAGCAGCCCAUUUUAUUAAGGGGGUCUCUGAGUGGGUCAAAGAAGGAGUGGGAACACAAUGAGUUCUGAUGCCAAUGACCUGGAGGGGAUUUUCCUAAAUUAACACAUAUCAAAAGCCAAUUCUCUUUUUUAAAUAACUAUUGGAUAUACGUCUUAAGAAAUUGUAUUGACAUCUCUGUUUUUUACAGCAGGCAGAUAGUUAGGUAUGAGCGGAGAAGCGGGGGCAUAGGACCAGAUGGCAGGAAACCACAUGUUGUGCAAACGGCAGAGACCAUGGGCAGACAAAGAAAAGCAGGAACCUCCAGGCUCACAGGAAGCCACACAUUUGGGGGUAAUAAGUGCCCUGGAGGCAGACAAAGAAAGGGGGAAAGGGUGUGACUCUCCAGCAUCUGAAUGUAACUGGUGGCUCAUCAUGCCCUCAUUGCAAUAACACUGUAAUAAAAUUAGCUAUGCAGAUAAGAAGUAUCUGUUUAGCAUGGAUGCCAUGACAGUAAAUAAGGACAAAAAUCCCUCCUCCCUUUGGGAAGGUGGAGCUAGGAUGAAAAUGAAGGAAAAUGACCCUCUAAUUGGAAGAUGUGUUGACUGAAAAAAUAAGCACAACCUAAAAGUUGAGAGUUAUGUUUCAUUCAAUGGACAAAACUGAGGACUUAAGCCCAGGGGGCAGCAUUUCAAGUAUCGCUGAGAAAACAGCUCCAAGGAGGUGAGGAGGGAGCUAGGAUAUAUAGGAGUUUUGCAAUAAAGGGCAGGUGAUAGAAACAAAGGAAUAUUGUUAAUGAUGGUGGUGGCUAAAAUCACUGUUGAUGAUGGAAAUGCUGGCUUACGGGAAGGAUACUGGUCACCCAUGUAAAAUGUCCAUCUCACAGUUGGCCCAGCAUAUUAGUUACACUCAGUCAAGACCAUCCAAACAAUUUCAUUUAUUCUUCUUUCCACUUUUACCUGAAUUCUGCUUUCCUUCAUUCUGAAAAUAUCUUCGAGGUUCUUGGGAAGGGAAAGUUUUCUUUUAUGUAAAAGUUUCAUGUAAAAUAUUUUUUUCCCUCUGACAUCAUAUUUCUGCGUAUUCUCUAGGGAGAGAUACUUAUUCUUUUUUUUUUUUUUUUUUUUUUUUUUGCUAUGAAUUGUGCUAAUAUAAAUGGAAGUCUCUAGUUAAGUGAGUAUCUCAUUGUUGGAUAUAGAGAAAAUGGAAGACGGUAAGGAAAUGAGCAAAAGCCCCCUCCCCAAAUUACAAAAUAAUAUUGCCAAGAGUUGGUUUAUUCUUAAUUUUCAUCCUCUUAUUUUGUAUGUGUUACCAUUGCUGAAAUGUGGCCUCUGUCUGCCAGUGCUGAAUAGAAACAUGAGACAGAGUUUGGGAGAAGGAGGGAAAAAAAAGUUUUUAUUGCUUUGCCAGACAAAGGAGGUCAUAGGAGGCUAAUGCCUUAAAGACUGUGCCCUCCUUUGGAAGAAGUGGUUUUAUAGUUUGGGAGUGGAAAACAGGGCUACAGGUAAAGAUCAAGGUAGAUGCAGGCUUUCAUUCUUCUUCACAGUUGGUGUUUAGUGGCCCCAGGAUUGGUUCAGAUAGUCCUCCUCUAGUGUGUUCAUUUGUUGGGGGUUUUAAUUCUGCAGAAAAAGUCAAAGAUUUUGUCAUGUAUAUUCCUUGAAGGGGAGAUAAGACCCUGCCCCAAGGCAGCACUACUGUUUAUUGACUGUUCUUCCUCCUUUGUCUCUGCAUCCCCUUCCUUCCCUGGUUAUCAACUGCUUGAACCUGCCCUUUGGAACCCAGGGAAGAUCAUGAGGGCUGAAGCUUAUUCCCUAAAAACAAGAAAUGGGUACACAAACAUUUGUGCCCAAGAGCCCACAGGGCCCUGCUUAGAUUCAUUACCCAUUACUCAUUAUUAUUUUGAAUGUUACCCAUGAUAUAAUGUGAGAUAUGUGCCACAUUACUUUAAAUUUAGAAACUCAAAACAGCAGAAGUUUAUUAUCUUUUAUCUAUGGAUAAGGAACUAGGUGUGGUUUAAUUUUGUAAUUUGCUCAGGGCUGCUCAAGGAUGGAACCAAGGUCUUGACUGGGCUGCAUCCUUAUCUGAAACUCAGAGCUCAUUCAGGCUUCUGGCAGAAAUUUCACUUCUUGUGGUUGUAGAACUGAGACCCACAACCUGCCCUCUCCAUAGGAAGUUACACUGGGGCUACUUUCUUCUUCUGGACAGGGGACAGGGAAGAGUUUCCUUGACUCUUUAUGGUCUUUAGGGCUGUUCAAAUUGUCCACCUGAUGAGGCCAGGUCUACUCAUAAUAACCUCUCUUGAUGAACUAAAAUUCGACUCAUUUGGGACCUUAAUUAUAACUGAAAAGUGGCUUUGACAUUUAAUGUAAUCUAAUCACAGAGAAGCAUCCCAUCAUAUUAUAAGCCCCGCUGAUCUUUAAGGGGAGGGGAUUAUACAGGUGCACACCAGGCAUAAUUAUUUGGGGAAGUCAUCUUAGAGCUCUGCCUACCCUAUUAACACAUCCAAAAGUGUGUCGUAACUGCUACUUCAUAGUUAUAUUCAAUUUAAAUACUUCUUUUUGAUUCCUGAUGACAUAUUCCUGAUUCACAUAUUCCAGGGCAAGUAAUCUUUUUCUGUUUAUUCCAGUGACAUCUAAAUUUGCCUAAUAAAAAUGAGUUAUUUUACGACUGGACUGAGAUAGUCUUUUGCUUAUCUCCAGAGACACUUGAGACUUAUUUUUUGACUAUUGGCUGUGAUAAGGGCAGUGAGUUAACUAACAACUAAUUAAUGAUUUAUGAUGAUUUUUUUAAGUUAAGAAGUCCAAGUGGAAUUAUACGAUCAGUUUGCUUAUUGAUAACUCACACUUGAGGGAAUGAUUAGAUAUCCUGUCUUUGCUAUGUGACCAGACACUGCAGGGAAUUUCUGCCUCAGCUCUCCCGAAACCCAGUUUCAACGCACAUACCUCAGCACAAAUAACGGUAGUUUCAUCCAGAAAUGAUGAAUCAUGUCUUCAGGCAAGAACACUGUAGGCUUUGUUCCUGGAUGUUUCUUUGAAUGAUCUUUCUCUUCUUCUCUCUAUAAUUUGCUUUUAUUAAAAGAUUUCCCUGAGGAUGCUCAUUGGAGCACUUGGAUUUGUUUCAGUGAUCUAAACUUGGAAAUCUUUGGAACAUUUAAGCCACCAUUUUCAUUCCAUACUUUUGGAAAUUUUGGAACUUUUCUCUUUAUAUCCUAGUAUAGAGGUUGAGAUAUUUUCUCUAAAUAACUGAAUAAUAAAUUUUUCAACUUUGUGGGCCAUUUCUAUUGAAACUACUCAAUUCUGUCAUUGCAGUACAAAAGAAAAUGUUGUUAAUACAUAAAUGAGUGGUUUGGCUGUAUUACGAAAGAAGUUUAUUGACAAAAAAAUGAUGGUGGGACAAAUUUGAUAUACAGCCCAUAGUUUACCAACCCCUGUCAAAAUGUAUAAAAGGAGAAUGGCUAGAUCAAUGUUAUUCUACAUUUUGCCUUAUAUCCUUUUCCAGGUUAUAGCUUAUCAGUUAUAAAUGUACUUAUAAAUUUUGCUGUAUAAAAACAGUUGUAUCUUAUAUUAUCCAUGUGUACUGGCUAUUAUAAAACAUAUUGUAAAAUCCAGUGUGAUACUCUUCCCCUGUAUAUGUUUACUCAGUUCACCAUUAAAAUUGUUAGACUUGCA